AUGUGCAGGAUAUACAGUGAUGCAGUAGUAACCCUGGAUACUGUUGUUGAAGCCAGAUCAUUGCCCCAGGCCACUUCAGCCCAGAAAACUGAACUCAUUGCUUUAAUUGGGGCCUUAGAACUCAGUGAAGGUCAGGAGUCACUGGAAAAGUUGUUAGGCCGGUAUUUCUACAUCUCGCAUUUGUCAGCCCUCACCAAAACCAUGAGGCAGCGGUUUGUUACCCACCGACAGCAUAAUGCGAGGCAAGGUCCAGCCGUUCUGCCCGGCAUACAAGCUUAUGCAGCAGCCCCCAUUGAAGAUCUCCAGGUAGACUUCAGAGAGAUGCCAAAGUGUGGAGAUCUUAUUCCUAGAUUUGAACUGCCCUUAUGGGUAGGCUCAGAUAAUGGGCCUGUGUUUGUGGCUGACUUGGUACAGAAGAUGGCAAAGGAAGAGUAUCACAGGGCUGUGUAUACCCCCUGCGGUAUUGGGAGUCAUAUCAUCCCCUCUCCCUCUGGAUAUAAGGAAGAGUUUCACAGGGGUGUGUACACCCGCUGCGAUAUUGGGAGUAAUAUCAUCCUCUCCACCCAGGAAAUGACUAACAAGGCCAUUAGGAACAAUAUCACAGGGGGUGUUUACACACCCUGCGAUAUUGGAGGUAAUAUCAUCCUCUGCCCCCCGGGAUAUUACCAAGGAUAUCAAACAGGGGUGGUGUACACCCCCUGUGAUAUUGGGAGUAAUAUCAUCCUCUCCACCUCUGGGUGUCCAAGUCACACAGAGCCACGGAAUCUCACAGGUGUCUCAGAAUUCCUCCUCCUGGGACUCUCAGAGGAUCCAGAACUGCAGCCCGUCCUCCCUGGGCUGUCCCUGUCCAUGUAUCUGCUCACGGUGCUGAGGAACCUGCUCAUCAUCCUGGCUGUCAGCUCUGACUCCCACCUCCACACCCCCAUGUACUUCUUCCUCUCCAACCCGUCGUGGGCUGACAUCGCUUUCACCUCGGCCACAGUUCCCAAGAUGAUUGUGGACAUGCAGUCACAUAGAGUCAUCUCUUAUGCAAGCUGCCUGACACAGAUGUCUUUCUUUGUCCUUUUUGCAUGUAUAGAAGAUAUGCUCCUGAUUGUGAUGGCCUAUGACCGAUUUGUAGCCAUCUGUCACUCCCUGCACUACCCAGUCAUCAUGAAUCCUCGCCUCGGUGUCUUCUUCGUUUUGGUGUCCUUUUUCCUUAGCCUGUUGGAUUCCCAGCUGCACAGUUGGACUGUGUUACAAUUCACCUUCUUCAAGAAUGUGGAAAUCUCUAAUUUUGUCUGUGACCCAUCUCAACUUCUCAACCUUGCCUGUUCUGACAGCGUCAUCGAUAGCAUAUUCAUAUAUUUAGAUAGUACUAUGUUUCGUUUUCUUCCGAUUUCAGGGAUCCUUUUGUCUUACUCUAACAUUGUCCCCUCCAUUCUAAGAAUUUCAUCAUCAGAUGGGAAGUCUAAAGCCUUCUCCACCUGUCGCUCUCACCUGCCAGUUGUUUGCUUAUUUUAUGGAACAGGCAUUGGCGUGUACCUGACUUCAGCUGUGGCACCACCCCCCAGGAGUGGUGUGGUGGCGUCAGUGAUGUACACUGUGGUCACCCCCAUGCUGAACCCUUUCAUCUACUGCCUGAGAAACAGGGACAUUCAAAGCACCCUGUGGAGGCUGCGCAGCAGAACAGUCGAAUCUCAUGAUCUGUUCCAUCCUUUUUCUUGUGUGGGUAAGAAAGGGCAAGCACAUUAAAUCCCUACAUCUGCAAAU